AUGCAAUUUUCUCAGCAAUCCAAUCAUGGACUACAGCUACAGGUUGGUGAGCAAGUCUUUCCAGAAACAAUAAGUCAAUAUCACCAUCAUAAACAGAACUUACCGCAAAAUCAUCACCGACACAACCUUCGUGGUCACAGCAAGCAGUUUGAUGCUAAUUCUAACAACUAUGCUAGCACAAACUCCAGGAACAAUUCAAAACUGAAACAUCCUGUUUUACCUCCUUCCUCCUCCCCAGGAUCAUCUACGGCCACUCCCCAAGGUGUCUUAUCACAGGCCCACAUGUCAUCCUCUUCAACACAGAAAUCAGCGCACAUGCACAACAAUGGAGAUGGGCCUGCAAAGAACUCACCUUCUCGUCUAUCGCAACCAACCCUCAGUAUAAAUACAGACAGCAAUCUCAACAUAAAUGCAGACCUCCUCAAUGCCAGCCCCCUCAACUCGAAACAGUUCUACGUACGGAAGAAUGUCCACGACCAAAACCAAGCCAACAUACGUAAGAAGCCAUUCCGAUGUCCCAUCUGUGGCAACCCCUUUUUGCGUCGGCGCACAAUGGAAGUACAUGAGAAGACACACAGUGGAAUCCGCCCUUUCAGCUGCAGUUACUGUCCGCAACGUUUCUUUCAAAAGGAUAAGUUAUUGAUACAUGAGCGCACACACACCGGAGAGCGACCUUUCGAGUGUAAUAUCUGCUCCAAACAGUUUGCACGCAAGGACACGCUGAACAUUCACAGACGGAUGCAUUCUGGGGAGAGACCCUACCCUUGUGAACACUGCCACAAACGAUUCGCCCAAAGAGACAAGCUCCUGAUUCACGAACGAACACAUUCUGGGGAAAAACCCUAUCAGUGUCUUAUCUGUUCAAAGCAGUUCGCCCGUAAGGAUACACUGAAUGUGCAUCAUCGGACACACACAGGUGAACAGCCUUACCGCUGUGACAACUGUGGAAAACGUUUUUCGCAGAGGGAUAAACUUGCUUUGCAUAAAUGGAAAUGCAAUAACAACUCGUGA